AUGUCUAAUAUUACAACCUCCUCCUCACUACUACUACUAAAACAGUGGGAUACAAUGGAACAUCAAACAGCUGAUGAAUGUCCCCGUAGACCCUCAGCUGACUCUUUUUCGACAGAACCGCACACAUCCACGCAUACAACCCCGAUUUCCACCUCACCGACAACUCCAAGCGAGAGGGAGCAACAGAUGACCACUGUGCAAUCAAUAGACACAACUCCAUCACAACCGACAGAAGCGUCUACUGCUGGACAAGAACAACGAUCAAUAACACAAACAACUCCAACUAAUUCGUCACAUGCAAUGGAUAUACUUAUUCAAUCUUCUAUACCAGUUGACCCGGUAACAAUUGUAACCGAAUCGGCAGUUCAAUGUAUUAAUUGUGGACAAACACAGACGCCGCUCUGGCGGAAGAACGAGAAAGGCCAACCAUUGUGCAAUGCUUGUGGCUUAUAUGCCAAGAUGCAUAACAGAGAUAGGCCGCUUGCAAUGCGCAAGUCAAAAAUCCAACGACGACGUAGAGAUUGGGGUGCUGCAUAUCCAUCAGACACUAACGGAAAUUCAUUAAUUGAGGCAUCAGGUUCCGACGAGUCUUUCUCGUCGAGUCCGCAGAGUCCUUCGCUAUCACCGAUGCAAGGCAUAACAUCUUCACCUAAUCAACGACCGAUAAUGCCAUUACCGCCUCCUACUACACAUAUUGCUCCUGCACUAUUGACUUUGGCGACUGCAGCAACUGAUAUUAAUACAAAUAACACACAUGACCCGUAUAUGCCUCCACCGUUUGAUUAUUUUGACGAAGCAAAAUUCAAGCAGCUGGUGGAUAGAUUAUCGCGACGGCAAGUGGAGGAAUUUUUGGCUGUGCUUGAGAGACGAUGCGAGAUUUUAAAGAAGAUUAUCUUAGAUGAUAUCUUUUCUCUAUCCCCAUGGUCACUGGACCGCGAAAUCUUUCCGUAA